AUGCUAGAGAAGGAACCAAGCCCUGUGUUGUGCCAUUUUCAAUAUGUUCAAUUCCAGAAUGAAGAGCUUCGAAACUUAUCCCUUUCUGGCCAUGUUGGAUUUGACAGUCUCCCCGACCAGCUGGUCAACAAGUCAACUUCUCAAGGAUUCUGUUUCAACAUCCUGUGUGUUGGCGAGACGGGCAUCGGCAAAUCCACGUUAAUGGACACAUUAUUCAACACCAAAUUUGAAAGUGACCCAGCGACUCACAAUGAACCAGGUGUCCGGUUAAAAGCCAGAAGUUAUGAGCUUCAGGAAAGCAAUGUGCGGCUGAAGUUAACCAUCGUUGACACUGUGGGAUUUGGAGAUCAGAUCAAUAAAGAUGACAGCUAUAAGCCGAUCGUGGAAUAUAUCGAUGCCCAGUUUGAGGCCUACUUGCAAGAGGAACUGAAGAUCAAACGUUCUCUCUUCAACUACCAUGACACCAGGAUCCACGCAUGCCUCUACUUCAUCGCCCCCACUGGCCAUUCACUCAAGUCCCUGGACCUGGUCACCAUGAAGAAGCUGGAUAGUAAGGUAAACAUCAUUCCAAUAAUUGCAAAAGCGGACACCAUUGCCAAGAAUGAAUUGCACAAAUUCAAGAGUAAGAUCAUGAGUGAACUAGUCAGCAAUGGAGUCCAGAUCUAUCAGUUCCCUACAGAUGAAGAAACGGUGGCAGAGAUUAACGCAACGAUGAGUGUCCACCUCCCUUUUGCCGUGGUCGGCAGCACCGAAGAGGUGAAGAUCGGCAACAAGAUGGCGAAGGCCAGGCAGUACCCCUGGGGUGUGGUGCAGGUGGAGAAUGAAAACCACUGUGACUUUGUGAAACUCCGAGAGAUGCUGAUCCGUGUGAACAUGGAAGAUUUACGAGAACAGACUCACACCCGCCACUAUGAACUGUAUCGGCGCUGUAAGCUCGAGGAGAUGGGCUUCAAGGACACGGACCCUGACAGCAAGCCCUUCAGUCUUCAGGAGACAUAUGAAGCAAAAAGGAAUGAAUUUCUGGGAGAACUUCAGAAGAAAGAAGAAGAGAUGAGACAGAUGUUUGUCAUGAGAGUGAAGGAGAAAGAAGCUGAACUUAAAGAGGCCGAGAAAGAGCUCCAUGAGAAAUUCGACCUCCUCAAGCGGACACACCAAGAAGAGAAGAAGAAGGUGGAAGACAAGAAGAAGGAGCUGGAGGAGGAGGUGAACAAUUUCCAGAAGAAGAAGGCAGCCGCCCAGUUGCUCCAAUCCCAGGCCCAACAGUCUGGGGCCCAGCAAACCAAGAAAGACAAGGAUAAGAAAAACUUCUUCUUUAUGUAACCAUCCUGUUGACAAGCCCCACUCUCUCCUAAUGGACAUAGAGCAUUAGAAGAGCAGGAGCUGUCUGUUCACACGUGUUGGGGAAGAGUUACCUCAUUUCCACCAUCGCCUCCUGUUCUUUUAAAGUCUGGGUCAAAUAUUCCACUGCUGUUUCUAUUUGUCAAUGUCUGUUUACAAACCACUGCCCGUAGUGGUUACUAAAAUGACUUAUCGUCACCAAAAACAGUAAUACUUAAUAAUACUCCUUAAAAGGAAAUUGAGUGAAACAGAGAACUUGGGCCAAAACCCAAAGUAGCUAUGUGUUGGGAUCUUGCUUAGCUGUCACGUUCUUGAAGCUGCUGACCCAAGAACUCACGGACUGAAGAUAGCAUGGACCCUAGUCUGAGGGUCCACAAACUUGAUCUCAUGUAAACUCCAGACCUCUGUCCCAUGAGCGACCUUCUGAACAGUCCCAUCAGGACCCUCAACCAUCCAUCAGGUCAUAAGAUUGGGGCAACAGUUCUCCUUCCUCUUGGUAGCUUGAUGGGUUGUUUUGAAGUUUGGGGUAUUUUUCUAAACGUUUGAUA